CAUGUCCUCAAAAGAAUCACGUAGACGUUCAAAUAGAAGAUCCAAUCGUAAAUAAAAAUAGUAAGAUAUUAUAUAAUUAAUAUAUUUGUAGUUCUACUACUACUUCUUCUGUAGGGACAGAUGAUGAAUCUAAUAGAAGUUCUUCAAGUGAUGAUGAUUAACACUAUAAAUACAGGAAAGGAGAAUAUAUUAAAGAAUAUAAAGUAAAAAGACAUAUUUUUGAUGGUACUUUUGGAAGGGUCUUAAAAGUAAAGAGAAGAAAUUCAAAAACAUAUGCAAUGAAGAUAGUGAGACGUAAUCAUGUUGAAAGUGCAUAAUCAGAAGCAGAUGUUUUGUUUCAUUUAAAGAGGAAAGGACUUAGUCGUAGCUUUGUUGAAUUAUAUGAAUGUUUCCAUCAUAGAGGAUAUUAUUGCAUGGUAUUUGAGAGAGUAAUCAUUUACCAUCAUCUAAUCUUAGCUAGGACCAAGUCUCUAUGAAUUAAUGAAAUUCUAUAAAAAUCAUGGAAUUCCUAUGACUUUAAUAAAAAGCAUUAGUAAAUAAUUAUUAAAGUAUAUUGGUUAAUUACAUGAUUUAAAAAUUGUUCAUACUGAUUUAAAGCCAGAGAAUAUCCUUUUUAGUAAAAAUUACAAAUUCAAAAAAGGAUAAAAUGAUUUGUAUGAAUAUUAAUUAAUUCUUUAUUUAGAUAUUUACCACAAGAUGACAGAAUCAAGAUCAUUGACCUCGGUGGAGCAGUUUUUGAUAAUGAAGGACAUGAUUGUAUUAUUAAUACACGUCAAUAUAGAGCUCCUGAGGUAUAGUUGUAAUGUAGUGAAUGGAAUCAUAAAAGUGAUGUUUGGGGGAUUGGUUGUAUAAUCGCUGAAAUGUAUAUAGGUAGGAAUCAAUAAUUUUUAAUAUUUUAGGACAAUUACUAUUUUAAACAAGAAAGAAUGAGUAAGAACAUAUGGCUUUAGUUGAAAAAAUAACUGAUCAAAAUUUCCCUUAUUGGAUGGCCAGUAAUGUAAAAGGAUCUUUGAAAUAAUAUUUCACAAGAAAUUCUACAAAUGGGAAAUACUACAUUUGGCCAUAGGAAAAUACAACCAAAGAGAGUAUUGCUAAAGUAGAAAAUCAAAAACCAUUAAGGGAAUUAAUACUUGAUCCAUAAUUAAGAGAUUUAUUAUAAAAAAUGCUUGAAAUUGAUCCCGAUAAAAGAAUCAGUUGUCAUGAAGCUUUACGUCACAAAUUCUUUUGUCAUAGAUAAUGA